UGGCUACUUGUCUAAUGGAUCAUAUAUCGAAAUCUAGGAGACAAGUGUGAUCUGAGAUCUGCUUGAUAGUUUGGUAAUUAACUUGCACUUGAUUUUUCUUAUGGGCUAAAGAGGUUGGUCCUACAUUUGUGUUUAGACUUGGAGCUUAUUCAUUAGAUCAUGAUGAUCUAUCUGGCUGAUGCAGAGCAGGGGGUAGGAAUCCCAUGAUAAACGUAGCCCAUCUAUGUGUAUACCCACUCUAGCAUGGUGAUACCUGAUGGACCUAGAGUUAGGGUUGAUAUCUUUCUAGAUAAAAUUUUAAUAGCUAGCUUUAAGAAAGCAUAGGAGUUGCACAACCUGAGGAUGAUGGAGAACCAGCAAAGACAGUUGCAUGUUUAACAGAUGACUAGGUGACAUCAAAAGGAGAGGAUUAGUUUUUGGCAUAAUUUUUUUUUGUCUGGAGCCAAAAAUUAAGGUGUAGGCCGAAAUAACAUUGUGUUGAAGCUAUGAAAAUGAUGUUGAAAAGCAGUGUAAAAGACAUAUCCCUUAAUAAGAAUAGUUUGGAAAGACGGAUCACUGAAGCUUACGCCAAGAAGGUGGAAUAAUGCUUGAUGGCUAAGCUAUCAUUAUGACUAUGUUAGGUGAAUUACAUAGUAAUGGGCGAGUGUUUGUUCACCACACUCACUAUUGAAGUUUGGUUACAUCCCCAGUGAGAGAAGCAGCAGGAUCGCCUAGGGGAAAAAGUUGUGUUUCUCAAAUAAAAGGGAAAAAAAGUAGACCCACUAAUACUGUUGUAGAUCAUGCAAGAAUCUUAAUGUCCAAAAGUUGGCCUGACCAAGUUCAUUCUACCUAAUUGGUAUGUCACACUUCAAAAUGUUUAUCGAGUAGAGGUUCAAGUUUUGUUGGGGGAAGAAGACAUCAAGGGUUGGCCUUGCAGUAUUAGAAAUGCUUGUUUAGAGUUAAGUUUAUUUUCAAUCAUAAAAAAAAUCAGAUACUAGUUUUGUCUGCAUGAAUGCAACUGGAAAAAUAAAGAAGCCAAAAGUUUGUAAUUCCAAAGAUGAGAAAUGCUAUCUCUGGAAUUCCUGGAAAUGUGCAACAGCGAUACGUGAUAAACAAUUCAGAUAGGAAAUUAUCUUACGUCAUUCACAUAGUGGAUUCUUUGCAUGAUUGCAAUGACGAAAAACAUGUGAAAGUUUCGGUUCAUGGGUUCUUCCAAAACUUAGACUGCAACCUUGUCCUCAUUGGAAGGAGGCUUUUGUUUCAGGGUCCAUGAACCAUGAUGCAUGGCAGUGGCAUCUUGCGACUUGUGAGAGGUGAUCAUUCUAGGAGGAAUCUGAAUUAUUUCUAAGUAAGUUGAGGUGAUCAGUGCCUGUAAGAGGGUCCAAUGACAUGUUUUUUUGUCUGUCACAAAACCUUUUAGAUGUAUAUGUUCAUAUAACUUUGUAGGACAGGGCCAUCAUAUUUGAGAGCUUUUUGUUUGCUUUUGUCUGGGGUCUUUCAUAGGACAACUGAUAAAAGUUGGUAGCCUAAUAAUUCGUAGCACCAAGGCUAAUAUAUUCGGUGGUGGGUGGUACUAGCAGUUAAGGUAUAAAGUACUAAAUAUAUCAACCUCUGAAACGCCCAACAUCCCAGGCGAGUUUUUUUGGCUGGAGGAAUCUAAUUGAGUUGAGAGAGAGAGAGAGAGAGUGAGCGAGCUCUAAUUCAUAUCCUAGAAUGUUGGUGGACAAUAAUGAGUUAGAAUUUUGAUUGCACAUAGGUCGAGCGACUGUAAUCUCAUUACUGCAACUAGUGCUUUUUUUCAUAUUUGGUUUGUGGUAAGUGCAAAUUAACAUAUUACUCCAGUCUGAGUAAGCAGUCCAGGUGCUGCACACUGACCUACAGCCAAAAUGUUAAUUGAUUGCAAUGCAGCAGUGAUGGCAGCUACUGGCAACAAAUAGAAGUUACAUUCAGAUGUAAAUUGAGUUAAAACGAUUUUUGAGGAAAGAGUAGCUGUAACUGAAGUUGCUGCAAUUCUAACUACAUGCAACUACAAGUUGUAUAUUCUAUUGAUAGCAAUCAAUUACUUAAUCUUUUGUUAGGUAUUGGAUGCUUUGGUUUGUUUCUUUUUUUAUGCGAUAUCUGCCCAUUAAAAAAGUGGCUACAUAUUCCUUCUGUUGGGUUUCGAGGAAGAUGGGACCAAAAAAUUUCCUUAGUCCCAGACCCCACUGAUUUUAGCUCCCUCUACUGCAGCUGAAAAUAGGAACAUACUUGGUUCCUAAUAAUUUGACAUGUUCCAAAAGAAUCUUCCUUUAACUACUCUUUAUUUGGUGAGUGGGAACCAGUUGUUUCCCUUUCUUUUGUUUAAUGGUGGUGGGAAACUUCUGGUUUUAAAAUACUGCAGAUGGGGCUUAUUACAUGCAUUUAUUCUCAUCUUUCAAGGUUCUCAUGCUGCCAAACUUCAUUAUUUAAUUUCAGAGUAUGCAACCUUAGUUAAAUGAGUCUGCAGAUUCCAAGAAACUUCUUUAAUAGUGCUGACCAUUGUCUUCAUUCCAUCACAACUUAUGAGAAAAUGCCCUACGAAACUCCCUAGUGACAACUCUUGAGCAUGAUUUAUUAAAUUUUUGCCUAUUUACCAUAUCAUUUCCUCUCUUUUCUUUACCCCUACUGAUAGCUGCCUCAUGUUCUAUUGUCUCGUGUGCCUUUGGUAUUACUUCUGCCAAGAAUUGUGAUGUGUUUUGAGCAUCUAACAGUAAUUGUUCCCACUUAUCAGGCUUUUAGUGUUGCCAUCAUUGUGGUUAGGCUGAUGAUUACUUCCAAACACCAGAUGUCAAGGAUAAUUCAUUUUUCUCUAUUUUCCUCAUAAGUCUUGAAGUGAGUCAGCUGUCAGAAUAAUUACUUUGUACCAUGUUACCAAUCCUUAGCCAAUUUAUGUUUUUAUGCCUCUUCUCCCAGACAAAAUCGUCCAACAUCAGAAUCCACUAACUUCUCCAAAUUCUAACUUCCAGUAUCCAGAGAUCUGAACCUAUCUUCUCCCAGAACGCAGUACAACAAAAGUAUGCAAACCAUAAGCAACAAAUGCUCCAAAGUCUAAACUUAGACCUUCUAUUUAGAUAAACAAUUAGUGCUUCUAUGUGUGUUCUCAGGUUCCCAUCACCCAUAAGGUCAGCUUCUUAUCCUUUUAUAAUGUCAUACGGUGCAUAGACAACACUAAAUCCUUCACCACAGCCAAAGGCUCCAUAUCCUCUGAUAUGUCCUCCCAGAAGCCUAUUAACUAAUCAUUUGCCCUUGAUUACAAGUCAUGGACUUUGGCCAUGUUGAGCUGUCACUUGGAAUUCAUGCCACCUUUUUUUUAUUAUUAUUUUUGUAUCAUUGUUGGUGGAUCCCAGGUUUGCACAGAAAACAAAUCUCGGUGUUUGCAUGCGUCCACAGUCAACAGUUCAUACUUUGGCCUCUUUUUCCACAUGAUCCCCACCCCCUCGCUACACAGCUUCCCACUUCUCUCCAACCACCUUCCCACAUGGAGAGAAACAUCUCAUAAAUUCUCUGAACCAUCCCUGGCCUCAACUGUAAUCUGGAUGGUCUUUGUUCUCAAGAAACAAUGAAGCAAGAGCUCUCGACAAGUGAUCACAAGGCCUCCUCGCCAGCGCCUGCAGCUCGAGCAAGAAUUUCCAGAACAAGGGAUAGCCCGAGAGGAGAUUCAGCAAAUGGGGUCGCGCCAGGCUCCAAAACGAGGCCAAAGGUUGUUCCUUUAGAAGCAAGCACCACCCAAAGAGUUAGAAGAUCCAUUCAACCAAACAAGCCGAAGUCAGGGGCUGAUGAAGUGGGAGCUCCAAAGGAAAGAGAGACUGAGGAUUCGAAGAAUACCAGCCGGCCAGGAAACCGAGUUGUCGAGCAGUAUGCUCGGUUGCGGCGGCAGGGAGAUACUCAUUGCAGGGGCUCUGAAGAUGAAGCUGGUGGGAAGACAAAAGAAUUGCAGAGGAAGCUUGAUGGGAAAGAGAGAUUGGUGAAGGAGUUGCAGUCUGAAGUGGUGGGACUGAAAGACCAGAUAGAGAAGCUGCAGGGCGUUAAUCUUCAGCUGAAGUCACAGAAUAAGCAGCUUGAGGAAGAUCUCUUGGCUGCCAAAGGAAAAAUUAGAGCCCUCCAGACGAGCGAGCAGGUGGUGUCAAUCGGCCAGGAAGCCAAGCCUUCUGUAUUUAGGGAUAUGCAGAAACUCAUAGCAAGUAAGUUAGAUCAGUUUAGACUAAAGGACGUUGCCAGGGAAGAUACAUCUGUGAAAAUACAGACUUUGGCAUCGGAAUCUAGGACAAAAGCUGUAGAAAACCAACUACAAGUUCUGAAGAAGGAGCGCUUUUCACCUCCCCCAACUCAGUGCACACCUACCAGUGGGCCUCCUCCACCACCACCACCACCACCACCACCACCUCGCAUAGUCCCUGCAAGACAAAAUACAGUGCAAAAGGCUACUGCAUUAGUUGAAUUAUAUCAUUCCUUAACAAAGCGAGAUGGAAAGAAGGAUCCAGUGGGAAAUGGGAAUUCUGCCAGUCCUGUUGCUAGUAACGCACAUAACAGCAUAGUUGGAGAGCUUCAAAACCGAUCAGCUCAUUUAUUAGCGAUUAAAGCAGAUGUAGAAACAAAAGGAGACUUUAUCAGACAUCUCAUACAGAAAGUUCAAUCUGCCGCUUACAUGGAUAUGGAGGAUGUCCUGGCGUUUGUUGAUUGGCUUGAUGGACAGCUCUCUACAUUGGCUGAUGAGAGAGCCGUUCUGAAGCAUUUUAACUGGCCCGAAAGGAAAGCUGAUGCAUUGAGAGAAGCUGCUUGUGAGUACCGUGAUCUUAAACAGGUAGAAGCCGAAGUUUCUUUUUUUAAGGAUGACGCAUCCAUGCCAUGUGAUGCCACCCUGAAGAAGAUAUCAAACUUGCUAGAUAAGUUGGAGCGAAGCAUGCACAGAUUGAUUAAGUUGAGAAAUACUUCUAUGCUACCUUACAGAGAGUGCAAAAUUCCAACAGACUGGAUGCUCGACUCAGGAAUGGUGAGCAAGAUAAAGCUGGCCUCUGUGAAGCUUGCAAAAGUGUACUUAAAGAGAGUAUCAAUGGAGCUUGAAUCAGUUCGACAUUCAGAAAGGGAAUCAGCACAGGAGGCACUUGUCUUCCAGGGUGUUCGCUUUGCUUAUCAGGUGCACCAGUUUGCUGGAGGUCUCGACUCUGAGACGAUGUGUGCUUUUGAGGAGCUUAGAGAGCGGAUUCAAUCAAAAGGAAGAGGAUCAAAGGAUCUGCUUCCUAUUACCACAAUGUCUUGAGAUAGCAUCAGAGAUUCUCAGAAAUAAUUUAAGGUGGAAGGCAAGCUGCAGGUGACAUAUCGAAGGAGUUUGCUUGAAAUGUUGUAAAAUGAUGAUACACGCAUGAUGGUUGGAAAGGUUACUGGUUUUUCUAAGAGUUUGGAUUCGGUUGUCAGAACUGGGGAGCAUUAUCUAUAGUUCAUUAUGUGUUGACUCAUGUGAGACCCAAUUAGACAAUUAUGUGGUAGGGACUUGGAGCUUUGUCAGAGGAGUACAAUAAAUUGCAACAUUGGACCUCCAAAUAAGUUAAAUGUUAUGAGCCUUAUAGCAUCUGUUUGGACAAAA